GUGUGUGUGUGUGUAUAUGUGUAUGUAUGUGUGUAUAUAUGAAUAAUGGAUUUGAGCAUUACAGAGCACAGCGAUGUUGUACUGAAUUACUAAGUUAAUAAUUUUGUGUGUGUGUGUGUGCGCGCACAGGGAGUGCAUUCACAGUGAAGGUAACGGGUGAGGGCAGGAUGAAGGAGAGUAUCACCAGGAAGAGGAGAGCCGCAUCGGUCGCCAACGUCGGAAGCCAGUGUGACCUCAGCCUCAAGAUCCCAGAGAUUAGCAUAGCGGACAUGACAGCCCAGGUGACGAGCCCGUCUGGCCAGGUUCACAAGGCCGACAUCAUGGAGGGAGAGAACAACACCUACUGCAUUCGCUUCGUCCCCACCGAGACCGGUGUGCACACCGUGUGUGUGAAAUACAACGGCGUACACGUGCCUGGCAGCCCAUUCCAGUUUACCGUCGGCCCCCUGGGAGAGGGCGGGGCUCACAAGGUCCGUGCCGGAGGGCCGGGCCUGGAGAGAGCAGAAGCCGGAGUGCCAGCUGAGUUCAGCAUCUGGACAAGGGAGGCCGGGGCCGGAGGUCUCAGUAUUGCUGUGGAGGGGCCGAGCAAGGCUGAGAUUGCAUUUGAGGACCGCAAGGACGGGUCCAGUGGCGUGUCCUACAUCGUGCAGGAGCCCGGAGACUACGAGGUGUCGAUCCGCUUCAACGAUGAGCACAUCCCCGACAGCCCCUUCCUGGUCCCCGUGGCCUCGCCAUCCGAUGACGCCCGUCGCCUCACUGUUGCCAGUCUUCAGGAGUCGGGUUUGAAGGUGAACCAGCCGGCGUCGUUUGCCGUCAGCCUGAACGGAGCGAAGGGGGUGAUCGACGCCAAGGUCCACAGCCCAUCUGGGGCUCUGGAGGAGUGCUGCGUUACUGAGAUAGACCAAGAUAAGUAUGCAGUUAGGUUCAUCCCCAGAGAGAACGGCCUCUAUCUGAUUGACGUGAAGUUCAAUGGAAGUCACAUCCCUGGUAGUCCAUUUAAGAUCCGAGUUGGAGAAACAGGCCAGGCUGGAGACCCUGGGAUGGUGUCGGCCUACGGGGCAGGACUGGAGGGAGGCACCACAGGAACUGCAUGUGAAUUUGUGGUGAACACAAGCAAAGCGGGUCCUGGCGCUUUAGCUGUGACCAUCGACGGGCCCUCCAAGGUGAAGAUGGACUGUGUGGAGUGCCCCGAGGGCUAUAGGGUCACAUACACCCCAAUGGCUCCUGGCAACUAUCUGAUUUCCAUCAAAUAUGGCGGUCCCUACCACAUCGUCGGAAGCCCCUUCAAAGCCAAGAUCACUGGUUCCAAGCUAGUGUCCAGCCACAGUAUGCACGAGACCUCUUCUGUCAUGGUCGACCCUGUGACCCGGGCCAUCAGCUGUUCUCAGCAGGCAACUCCCACCAAGUCAGAUGCCAGCAAGGUCAUGGCCAAGGGCCAGGGCCUGACCAAGGCCUUCGUUGGUCAGAAGAACAGCUUCAGUCUCGACUGCAGCAAAGCAGGUCGUAACAUGCUCCUGGUCGGUGUGGAUGGUCCCAAGGUUCCCUGUGAGGAGAUCCUAGUGAAACAUUUGGGCAACCGCUUGUACAACGUCAGCUACCAGCUGAAAGAGAAGGGAGAGUACAUCCUGGUGGUCAAGUGGGGAGAGGAGCACAUCCCUGGUAGCCCCUACCAUAUUACUGUCUAAACCCAGCUCCACCAUCACAAACCUAAACCACUGUUUAAUUAAUGCAACUGAAAUUCUAUCUAGAGUCUAACCGAUCCUUGUUUACAACUGCAAGUCCCUCCUGUGUUACAAAUUAGGAUUUCUGGCAGUUAUUUGUGUCUUAUAACUAUUUAACCAAGUAGAAAACAAAGUGUCGCAACAGUGUUCACCCUCAGCCAGAUUUCUGUGUUUUACCCUCAAGUUAAUAUUUGAGUCCAGAAUCUCCCAAAGAUGAAUGCAUGGACACAUAAUGCUCGCUUUCUGGUCAAUCGCUCCAUUCCUUGUUUUAUUCUUCUGCCUAAUCGCACCCUUCAGUAAAUUUAGGGAGAAAAAAUAUGCACCUUUUUUUUACAUUUUCAGUCAUGGGCAUGAGUGGCCAUUAGCAGAUGUGUCUGAACUAGUGUACAGUGAUAGGAUGGCGUAGCGUAGCCCAGCAUUGGAUGGAAGGUUACUGUUUACACUGGAGGAGCUUCUCUUACAUACAUGAACGAUGCAGUCAGUUUUAUAUGAACAAUCACACGACUUGAACCGAAGAGUGUCCCAAGUAAUGUGCCUUCCUUACCCACGUAAAAUGACACACUUUGACGUAAGGUUUUUAAUUAUCCGUAUAAAAGUGAGAUCAACUGUUGCUUAUAACUGCGAGUGCUCAGCACUGGUUCAGCCCGCUUCAGCAUGUGGUUUUCAUGACUCUUUAUCCAACCCGGAUGUUUGACCUGCUGCUAGUGUGAUCCAGUUUUAUGCACCUCUGUUCCUUAAAGCCGUGAUAUGGAUUAGAAUAGGGAAGUAAUAAAGGAUUCGAGAUGUGAGCAGGAGAAGACACAUUUCACAGUAGCUUUGUCACACGUGCUCUCUCAACACCGCUGCUGUUUUAAUGGGACACAACAUGUGAUCUGCAUGUUCUUUAGGUUGUAAAACUCUUUUGCCACAGAAAGAGUCCGAUUGAGAAUAACAUCAAAGGUGACGUGUGAUGCGCUGGUGAUGGUUCACCUUUGAGUAUGGAGCUUUCUCAUAUACAUUCAAAUGUUUUUAAAAGGGAAGUUUCUAACGUUGUGCUGGACAGAAGGGCUGAAGAUAAUGUGGGUUGUCAUGUCCUGAAAAAAAAUCCUGAUCGACCAUAAAAGAAAAGAGAACAGCCGUUUCUUUGUUUUCUGCUCAGUGUUUGUAUCUCGCCCCCGUCAGCCGCCACUCACCCCCCUCCCUUUGUCCUUCCAGCUCGCUUUGUGCAUAGUCUAUCUUUCAGAACAAAAAAAUGAAUCUUGUCCUAAAUAAUAAAAGGCUUUAAAGUGUUUGUAAGACAGUAUUUUCAUACACAAUAAAGUUGUCCAAGUGUUUUUCUGUCAA